AUGGAUCUAUACGACGAUGUUCUGAUUGCUCGUUACUGUGGCAAAAGCAAGCUUCGUGAGAUCUUUUCUGAGACUGCCAAAACACAAACAUGGAGACAGUUGUGGAUCUGGUUAGCUGAGGCAGAGAAGGAGUUGGGGUUACCUCAAAUUACAGAUGAAAUGAUUCAGGAAAUGAAGGAUCAGAGGGAUAACAUCGACUGGGACAUGGUUACCAAGGAAGAACGUCGGCUUAAACACGAUGUGAUGGCACAUAAUCACACUUUUGGAGCGGUGAGUAGUUAUUAAUUUAUAUUUUCAUUGUUUAGAUAUGCCCAAAAGCUGCUGGUGUAAUCCAUCUUGGAGCAACGUCGUGUUUUGUUCAAGAUAAUGCUAAUCUGAUCGAACAAAGACAAGCUUUCGAUUAUAUUAUAGGGAGGUAAGUUGAAACAUACACAUUCAUAAAAUUGUACUCUUUCUUUGAUAGGUAUGCUAUUGUGAUGAGUCGUCUGGCAGAAUUCGCUGAAAAAUGGAAAUCUACGGUAACUGUAGGUAGAACUCACUGGCAAACAGCUUCUUUAGUUACAGUAGGCAAAAGGGCUGUCCUGUGGCUUCAAGAAUUGAAAAUGGCAUUUGAUACGGUAGGUAUUACCUAUUAAAACCUAAAUGUUAUAUUGUUUUAUUUAUUUAUUUACUCGCUAUUUUGUAGAUUGUGGAGACGAGAAACAAGGCCAAGUUUAGAGGAAUCAAGGGCGCUACAGGAACCCAAGAUUCGUUUUUGACAUUGUUUAAAGGAGAUCACGAUAAAGUUCAAAAGCUUGAUGAAUUGGUGACGAAGAAGGCUGGGUUCGGGCAAAAGUUCAGUAUUACGGGCCAAACUUACAGUAGACAACAGGAUAUUGACCUUCUCUUCUGUUUCUCAAAGUUUGGAGCUGCGGUGGAGAAGAUUGCUAAAGACAUUAGAUUCCUUCAAAGCCAAGAUGAACUUAUGGAGCCGUUCGAGGAGAAUCAGAUCGGAAGUUCUGCCAUGCCUUACAAACGGAAUCCCAUGAAGUGCGAGAGAGUGACCAGCAUGGCCAGACGGCUGCGAAGCAGUGUUUUGGUAGGUAGUUAUAAAUAAAGUACAUUAGGUUUCAAAUUUACCAUACUUAAAAGUUUGUGUUAAGAGCUGUGAACUUUUCUAAAUUUAAAGCUUAAAUUUGAAUUUUUAGGAUGGCUUGAACACAUUGGCUGAUCAAGGACUUGAGCGUACUUUAGAUGAUUCUGCCAACCGCCGAAUGGUCAUUCCUAAUGUCUUCUUCUUGGCCGAUGCCAUUUUGAAUAUCAUACAGGUAGGUCUGCGAAACGAUGACUUUUUAUUGCAAAAAGAAGGGUAUUUCAAACUCAAUAGUGCAUAUGUAUUUGUAGAAUGUAUUCGAAGGCCUUCGUGUACCAGUCGAGAGUGUAAAGAGAAAGGUAGAUGAAGAAUUGCCAUUUUUGGCGUUGGAAAAGGCCCUAAUGCUCCUGACCGAGCACGGUGUGAGUCGCCAAGAAGCUCACGACCAUAUCAGAUCGGCCGCUCUCAGCUGCAAGGAACGUCAGGCUUAUGGCAAGGUCAGUCUUCAAGAUACACUGGCCGGAGACUUCUUUGCUGCAGUCAGAGAGAAGGUCCUCGAGUUAGGAUCCAAUCCUUUGAACUUCGUGGGCAGGUGUCAGGAACAACAGAAGCAGUAUCUAGAGGAGGAGUUCUAUCCAUCAGUGAAGCCUUAUCUCACUGGAAAUAACACUGAACGCUCACAUUUGGAUGUUUAG